AUGGCGCCAGCGGCAGCUUCAACGACUAAAAAGACAGCAACACUAAAGUUACUGGUUACGCGGUUAAAAGACGUCCAAGCUCAAUUUAGGGACAUAUGGGAGUUUGUUGAAUCCUUCAGUGAGGAGAGGACCGCUAGUGAUGUGGCUGUACGUUUGGAGAAGAUUGAUGAACUGUGGGAGAAAUUUUGCGAUACGUUAAUUGAAAUUAAGGCUCAUGAUGACUACGUUUCGAAGGGGGAGACAUACGAUGAUGAAAGGCAGGAAUUUAGCGAGCAGUACUAUAAGGCAAAGUCUUUUCUUAUGGAUAGAGCCAAGGAAAGACAGGAUCCACCCGUUUUGGAGCAAACUAUUCGAGCUAAUGAUUCAGUGUCACAAAGCACAACUGAUCACGUGCGCUUACCGCAGAUUAAACUUCAAACCUUCAACGGAGACAUAGAUGAUUGGCUAGGUUUCCGCGACCUAUUCACCUCCCUCAUUCAUUGGAAGCCAGAUUUACCAGAGGUAGAAAAAUUUCAUUACCUGAAAGGAUGCCUGCAGGGUGAACCUAAAAGCCUCAUUGAACCAAUAAAAAUCACUAGUGCUAACUACAAGGUUGCAUGGGAGAUGCUGUUAAGGCGAUACAACAACAGCAAGCAACUGAAAAAACGGCAAAUCCAAACGCUUAUCAAAUUGCCAACUUUAUCUAAAGAAUCGAUCGUGGAUUAA